UUGUUGAUUAAAGCAAGAAUUUUGAUUAUUUUCCUUAUUAUCACCUUGUUGAAAAUAUAUUUCCUUUUGUUUUUGGUUUGGGGAUAAGAGCUAUUUUGAAGAUGGGAAUCUGCUGGUGUUCUCCAGCUGAUAAUCCAACACCAGCCACCACUACUCAUCUCAGUUCAGUUAUAUCUCAAUCAACCAGCAACACAGCUUCUACUGCAACAUCUAGGGACAGUAACAUCUCCCGGGACAGCAGGUUCUCGGCUUCGAGUGGGGAUGAGGCUUUUCAAAAUGGGCAAAUUUUGCCCACCCCGAACCUAAGGGACUUCAGUUUUGCAGAACUGAGGGUUGCAACUAAGAACUUUAGGCCUGACAUGGUGCUCGGUGAGGGGGGUUUCGGUAAAGUCUUCAAGGGCUGGCUCGAUGAGAAGGCGGCAGGGAAGAGUGGAAUUGGAAUCCCCAUUGCUGUUAAGAAACUCAGCUCUGAGGGCUGGCAAGGAUUUGAGGAAUGGAAGUCAGAAGUAAAUUUCUUAGGGAGGUUGUCUCAUCCUCACCUUGUAAGGCUUCUUGGAUACUGUUGGGAGGAUAAAGAGCUGCUUCUCGUUUACGAGUUUAUGCAGAAGGGUAGCCUAGAUAACCAUCUAUUUGGAAGGGGUUCUACUGUCCAAUCUCUUGACUGGAAAAUACGGAUUACAAUCGCGAUAGGAGCUGCAAAGGGCCUAUCUUUCUUGCACUCGUCAGACAAGAAAGUAAUUUACCGAGAUUUCAAAGCCUCAAAUAUACUACUCGACAGGUCCUAUACCGCCAAGUUAUCAGAUUUCGGGUUGGCCAAAUUGGGUCCUUCAGCCAACCAAUCGCAUGUUACAACAAGGGUAAUGGGCACAUACGGCUAUGCAGCUCCGGAAUACGUUGCUACGGGACAUUUAUACGUAAAGAGUGAUGUGUACGGUUUCGGUGUCGUUUUAGUUGAAAUAUUAACAGGGCUGCGAGCACUCGAUACAAAUCGCCCCAAUGGGCAACAUAAUCUGGUGGACUGGGUAAAACCGUAUUUAUCCGAUAGAAGGAAAUUGAAGAACAUAAUGGACCAUCGGUUGGAGGGCAAAUAUCCUUCCAAAGCCGCAGUUCGAGUUGCCCAGCUUGCUUUAAAAUGUCUUCAAUCCGAACCGAAGUACCGACCGUCAAUGAAAGAAGUCGUAGACACUUUGGAACAGAUUGAUUUGAUAGACGAAACCCCGAAAGAGCCGAGAAAGCACGCUGCCUGUCAAACAAACCGUAGGCAUCACCAGCAGCAGCCACUGCACCAUCAAUCUCCACUUGCUUCAAAACAUGAAACAAAACGAGCCGACUCGAAUCGUCCACAGGCGAGGUAAGUCGGAACAUCUGCCGGAUUUGUUUCAGGUCUCAAUAUUCACAUGAUAAUUGUUCCACAAACAUUUCCCUUUUCUUUAUUUUUGUAUUUGUUUAGAAUCUGAGCUCAAUUUUUUAGUGUGACUUAUGUUGGAUAUAUGGCUACUGUAAUAGUUAAAUUGUAAUUAUUUUAGUAAGUGCGAGUUGUGCUUGGUUUCUUGUUAGAAUUGUAAUUAU